AACUGCUUCGUAGCUUCGUUUUAAUUUAAUUCAGACGUUCUAGACGGGAGCACGAUUCGAGUGCCGUCGUUGCUGGUGCCGUAGAUUGCCGUUGUGAUAAGUGAAGCGGCACGGAUUACGGACGGACUCGGUAAUCUGGAUCUGGGGAAGACAUGGCCCGGUUGUUCAGGUUGCUGGUGGAGCUCGGCGGCUCGGAGCUCGUCGUCUAACAUGUUUAACACGUCGCUGUUAUUCAACUAGCGCAACGAUGUCGGUACACUACAAAUUUAAAUCUACCUUGGACUACGACACUGUGUCGUUUGACGGACUGCAUAUUUCAGUGGCGGACUUGAAAAAGGCGAUAUUUCAUCAAAAGCGCAUCGGCAAAAAUACAGAUUUCGAUCUGCAGAUUACAAAUGCGCAGACAAAGGAAGAUUACACGGACGACAAUGCGCUAAUUGCCAAAAAUACCAGCCUUAUUGUCGCCAGAGUCCCGUUGACGGUGCAACAGAAACGUUCUUGGGAUCGAAAUGAAGCCCCUUCGUUCAGCAACACGAAGGAUGAGACGAAUUUAGGUAGGGCCGUAGAUCUCACGAGACUGGACGGCUCGGAGGAGGAUAAGAUCCGCGCAAUGAUGACGCAAUCGACCCAAGACUACGAUCCGUCAAACUAUAUGAAAAUUCGUGGAGCCAAUCAGACCGGUGAUGUACCUGCAAAUUACCGCUGUUACAAAUGCCACCAGCCCGGACAUUGGAUAAAAAACUGUCCGCUGGGCACGAAUCAAGAGCCGAUCGAAAUAAAGAAGAGCACUGGCAUUCCCAGAAGUUUCAUGGUACCGGUCGAGGGGCCUUUGGUGCCUGGUGCUAUGAUGACACCUACGGGACACUACGCAGUUCCUGCUAUCGAUCAUCAAGCUUACAAGGAAGGUAAAAAGGAACGGCCACCGUUCUCGCAAGAUCCGGAACCCGUGAUGGAGAAGCCAGAGAUACCGGAGGAUCUGUUAUGCAAUAUCUGCAAAGAUCUUCUAACGGAUGCGGUGAUGAUUCCAUGCUGCGGCAAUUCCUUUUGUGACGAGUGUAUCCGUACGUUUUUGUUGGAAUCCGAGGAACACGAAUGUCCGGAUUGCAACGAGAAGGACGUGUCGCCGGAAACCCUUAUACCAAAUCGAUUUCUACGUAACGCGGUGAUGCAUUUUAAGAACGAGACUGGUUACGCCAAGAGACAAACGUAUCGGCCUCCUGUUCAAAAUGCCGGCCAGACUACUGUGCCAACAACCGAUCAGCAGCCAAAGAUUGAAGCGCAACAAGUCGCGAGUCACGCGUCUCCUCAGGCUAAAUCCGUUGCUCCUGACGCGCCAGCAACUUCGCAAGAGCCUGCGGAGCUGCAGUCCGCUAAUAUCGAAUCUGCCUCGCAACAUUUCCCAACCAACACCUCUAGUUCGCAGUCAUCGACCACUCUGCCUGAAUCGACCUCAGAGUCACACUUGCAAGGUGACUCGGUAACAAAACUAACAACUGACGAGGAAACUGAGGUGCCUCCUCCUCCAGGAACAGAGCCUCUGCUCCCGAUCCCCGCCCUCGUCAGCUCGCCGGAGAGAGAGCGCGAGCGAAGCGAUCCCUCGAGCCGCGACAAGAAGGAACGGGACAAUGAGUACUCGGGGGACCGUCAGUCGAGAGAACGCCGGCGCAGCUUCAGCAGGGACGGACACCGCGACAGAAGCGGCGAGCGUGGUCGCAGGAUUGAGAAUCUACGGCCGUUGAAUCGCAAUCGGAAUCGGUCCUUGUCGCCCAGGCACUCCCAGCACGGCGAGUACCCGUCGUCGAGCGCGGUGUUACCUCACUUGAUGAACCCACCCCCUUCCAAGGGCUAUCAGGCUCACUUAGCGGACGAUGGACACUACCCGCCUGCUAUGCAUUAUGACAGCGGAAUGCGUAGGUCUAACGAAGACCGCGCGGGCACUCCAACGGUCGACGAGCCGCAUCUGCACGUCCCUUCGUCCGGCAAUCAACCACCGUUACUGCCUUUUCCGCCGGGCGAAGAGCGUAUCCCGCCGCCGAAUUACAACCAGCCACCGCCAAACGUACCUCCGCACAAUCCACCCCUUCUGCCAGAUCCGUAUAUGAGUCACCGAAUACCGAUAUAUCCGCAUCAGCAGGGCUCGCAUUACGGACCGCCGAGGUACGACAGGCCGCCGUAUCAGCAGCAGGGAUACCGGCCGUCUCAGCCACCCCGCAACUACAGCGGGCCACCGAGGCCAAUGAGAGGAUUGCAUCACAUGGGAUAUAGAAAUUUACAACCGCCGCCACCUGGGCUAGGUAGAAAUAUACACAAUGGGAAUCCACCUGGAAUCAUCGACGAUCCAUUGGAAGCGUUCGAGCGAAUGCUCAGAGAGAAGGACGAGAGAGAUCGACGUUUAGGGAAACAUAGAAGAAGAAGUAGAACGCGAUCUCGAUCGCGUAGUUACCGAUCGAGUCGAUCUAGAUCGCGCUCCUUUGGCCGUAGAUCGCCAUUCGCGUCUCGCAUCAGUCGCUCUCGUAGCCCACCGUCAAAGCGCAGGUCAACGAGAUCGCCGUUACCGCUCCGACCCCGUAGCCGCACCCCAAAGCGUAGAUCAAGAAGCGGCAGCUUCUCCAUCAGCAGAUCCAGAUCCUAUUCCCGCAGUCAGUCGCCUAGGCUGUCUCCGUCGAGAGAUAGAGAUAGAGACCGAGAUCGGGAAAGGGAGAGAGAGAGAGAUCGUGAUCGCGAGCGUGACCGUGAUCGCGAUCGCGAGCGCGACCGUGAUCGCGAGCGUGACCGUGACCGUGAACGCGACCGCGACCGCGACCGGGAGAGGGACCGUGAGCGGGAUCGAGACCGCGAGUUACUGCCCAGAUACCGAUCGCCAGUUCGGUCACCUCCGAGAUUUCAAAGGGAGAGAGAUCGCGAGAGGGACAGGCCGCGAUCACGCGAGCCACGAGAUGGAUACAACACUUAUUACGGUGAUUCGCCGGCUCACGAUUAUCCAUUCCGUGACCGUGAGCGCGAUUUACCGCCUAGGGAGAGACCGCUGCCGAGAUAUCCCAUAGGAAGAAAUCAACCGUCCCAACACAAUAUACCGCCGUUGAUGCCGCAUCUAGUCACUGGAGGUCACGCACCACCACCACCGCCACCGCUUAUGUCAUUGGGACCUUCAGCUACGGACAGGAAAGACUAUUAUGAUUCCUACAACAGAUAUUCCGGACCUCCGGCGCCGCAGCGUUUUAGCAGUCCUUUGAGGGAUUCCUCGUCACACAAGCGAUUUGACGACGUAGCACCACCUGGUACCGAGGGCUACUACGAUCUCUCGCCACCGGGUGUCGAACAUUCCGAUAGACCGUCGAGGGACGAUCGCGAGAGGCAGCGCUCCCUGAGGGAUCAGGAAGAUCGGGAGCACUCGUCCAAGGAUUGCGAUAACGAUGAGCGUGACAGAUUGAGAGACGACAGGGGCCGCGAACGUGAAGAUCGUGUGCGCGAACGCGAGAGGGACGAGAGAGACCGCAGAAUCGUGAACAGGGACCGCGAGGAUCGCGAUAGGCCGGUCCCGCCCAGAGAGCACGAGGAUAGGAUACGCGAGAAAGACGAACGCGAGAGGAGAGAAAAGGACAAGGAGCGAGACGACAGACACAUUCGUGAUCGUCGAGAUGAUGACAGGCACGUCGAGAAGAAAGAUUAUGACAAAGAUCGUUAUAGAGAUGAUCGAGAUCGCCAUAGGCAGGACGACAAGAAUCGGGUGCGAGAGAAGGAGAGGCGCGAACGCGAAUAUGAGACCGAGAAGGACAGAGACCGUCACGAGCGAUACGAGAGACGUUCGGUGGAGCGGAAGAAGAGUAGGAAGAGCUCAAGUCCAUACUCGCAAAAGUCGAGGGGCGAUCCUAAAGAUUUGUCACCGGAACGAAGUGUAAAGAAGAAAGAGAAGGACCACGAGGAAAAGGUCGAAGAGAAGAAGAAAGAGAAGAAGAUCAAGGAGAAGAAGAAGAAGAAGGAUAGCGAUGAGAAGGAGAAGAAGAAGAAGAAGAAAAAGGACAAGAAAUCCAAUCAGAAAGAAGUGGCGAAGGACGAUCAGACGAUCAAAACGAUGGAGACGGACGAGCUGCUGGUUGACAGUAAGACGAGUAACGACACUUUGUCUUCGCCGCUCAACAAGACCGACUCCAUAAAGGCAGCGUGCAAGGACGAGGAGGACAACAUGCAGAAUAGGAUCGAAUGUAUCACCAGCCAAGUGUCGAUCGCGCCGAUCAAAGAAGAAUUCGAAGAUAAGUCUCUGGCGAUGAAUCCGGAACCGCCGGAAUUCGGCGAGGCCAGUCCUGGCAGUGGUCGGCUGGAUCGUACGGAAUUUGGCACAAAUCCACCGAAUCCAAACUUCAAACCGAUCCCGGAACUCAAGUCGGACAUGAUGAAGCCGAUCGAUAGCCUUUACGAAGGACUAGACGACACAGAGAUCAACACUGUGAUCACGGAAAAGUAUUCUCUACUUUCGGAGCACUCGCAAGCCGAGAGCAAGGAAGCUGUCGUCGCAGCGCUCGCGACGGAGAAAUCGCCCAGUGGACCAAAGAAGGACGAGUUUCUGGCGCCAAUACCCGAGUUGUCCAAGUGGGAGAGAGACGAUACGAUCGAAAAGCCCGAGGACGACGAGGAUGACGACGAAGCGAGCGGAUCACCGACGGAGAAGGUGCAGAGAGAGGACGAGCCCAAGUCGAUCAAGAUGGUUACGUCGGAAGUGCUGAAGCGUGCGGAGAAUGCCAUAUUCCAGAAGGCCAUUAACGCGAUCCGGCCGAUCGAGAUCAAGAAGAUUAGCGAGAGCAGAAAGAUACUGUAUCAGAAUCCCGAGCCCAAGGUGCUGGAGACGGUGGAGCCGGCCGCCAAUCGAGAGCCGCGCAAGAGCGUCAACGUGACGAUCAAUGUCGGUAGAAACGAGAGGAACGUCGAGAUCACCGAACCGGCGAAGAAGGCCAAGCUCGAUCGUACCAAGUUUAAACCCGUGCCGGAGACAGCUUACUCGCCGACCAGGUUGUCCGCGAAGGAGAGGCUCGGCGAGAAGAUCGAGGACGGUAAAGAGAGGAAGAUUAGUCCUACAAAGGGAUUCAUGGAGAGGCGUGAUGCCAAGAGCGAGAAUCAAUCGAGAAGUCGAUCGCCCAGGAGGGAAAAGAGAAUCUCCUCUCCGCUGUUGGAGACUCGGCGCGUCGAGUCCUCUUCGUUGGGUUUAACUGCAGGGUCGAGCGGCGAACGCAAAGUCUUCUUGGAAGAGAGAAAACAGAGGGACAAUAAGGACAGAGGUGAUCGGUCGAAGGAUAGGUCGGAUUUCCGAGGCGACAGGCACAGCGGCGAGCUCAAGCCCGAGAGGGAGAGUAGAAUCGAUUGUAGAACGGACUUUCGCUCAAACAGUGGUAGAAGUGACGGGAAAGGAGAACGCGUGGACAAGGAGCGAGAUCGCGAGCACAGAGGUAGGACACCUCCCUCGGCUGGUGCAUUUAAGAGAACGGAAAUGUCAAAGAUGAGCUUGUUGAAGUCGUCCAAGGAUGACGAGGAAGAGAAGAAGCGCGACAAAAAGUCGCGGGAUGAGAAGAAGAGAAAGAAGGAGCAUCGCAGCAGGAGUAAGUCUAAGGAGCACAAGAAGCGCAAGGAGAAGAAGCACAAGAGGGAUAAGGACAAGAGUCAAGAGAAGAAGCAAAAGCACAAGGAGGCGGCUGCGAUCUCAAAGGACAAGUCGGAUGGCAACGAGACCAAGAUCAGCUACGAGAACAUUGAGCCGCCUCUGGCAGAAUCGUUGAAGAAACAGAGGAAGAAUCCGAGACUGGUGUCCGACCGCAAGCGCAGUAUGCUCGACGAGGCCCACUUCGAACCCGAUUAUUCAGCCUCGGACUCGGAGUCGGAUGGCGAGGAGGGUAAAUCGUCACCUACGAAGAAGCUGAAACUUGACGAAACGGAAUUGGACAAGGAGAUGGAGAUCAAGUCCCUGAAGAAACGAUCAAAGUCCAGCAGCAGCGAGGAUACGUCCAGUAGCUCUGACACAACGACCUCCGACUCGGAUAGCAGCGACGAGUCGCACAAGAAAAAGAGGAAGAAGCAUAAGAAGCAUAAGAAAAAGAAAUCUGCCAAGAAGGAUAGCAGUUCAGACUCGGACACUUACUCCGAUUCGUCCGACACCAGCACCGACGAGGAGAAGCAUAAGAAGAAAUCGAAAAAAUCAAAAAGCAGAAGCAAGCAGUCAAAGAAGAAGAAGAAAUCCAAGCACAAAUGACAUCACUAGACAUCUUUGAUGCUCGCGAUCAAAGAAUCUUUACAAAUACCUUUCAGCAGAAAAAAGGGCCAGAACUCCUAUUAUUUUUCUUUUUUUCGUAGAAUCCUAUCAAAUAUUACGAAAAUAAUAAGAAUAAUUGUUUCGUACUCGCUACAGUUGAGCGCGCGACGUUUCGUUUAACAGAUGUCAUUUAGCGUAGUAGGAUAUUUAUUGAGCGAUUUAUUGGCAUGGAAAUAAGUAAACACUUUCGACAUGCGGAACAAAUUAACCGGAUUCGGGGGGAGUAAUAAAAGUUGAGAAUACAUACGAUAGAUACACUAUUCUAGUGCGAGACGAAAAGAAGAACCUGAUGGCCUUUGCAUAAUUAUCACGUUCCGACUUGACAUAUUAAAGUACUAUAUAUAUAUAUAAAAGUUUAUUAUUACGAUAAGCCAUGUACAUUGUAGCUGAUGUAAUUUUGUGGCAAUUUUAUCAGAACGAUAAUAAGUCUUUGAAAAACUUGAUAAUUGUAUAACGAGUAAUUUUAUUUAGGGGAUACACAUACACACAAAAUAUAUAUCUCCCUCUCCUCCUUUCACCAUUAUAUUGUACUUUCGUAAUCUAAUGUCAAUAUGUAAGAAAAGUCACGAAAUAAAAUGGUAAAAUUCUUUCAACA